AUGGCCUUUGCAUACUCCAACUCCGCAGAGUACCUGCCAAGGCGGCUGGGGAUCGAGGAGGGUACUUCAUCAAUUUUCCGGAUUGCCGCGCACAGCCAUGUCAAAAAAAUCGUCAUCAUUGGUGCCGGAUUUGCCGGUGUUUGGAGCGCCCUCGCCGCCAGGCGUCUUUCCAAGCUCACCGAGAGAGAAACCGAAAUCGAUAUCGUCGUCAUUGCGCCAAAACCGUUCCUGGUUAUCCGUCCUCGACUCUACGAGGCAAACGCGUCAGGCAUGACCCAUUCCGUUGAGGCUCUUUUCAAGGACUCAAAGAUCGAAUUCAUUCCCGGUACCGUUGAUAAGAUCAAUGCCCAAGACAAUACGGUACUUGUCCGAUCCAUCUCGGGCGAUGCUUCAACUGUUGGCUACGACCGCCUGAUUCUCGCAGCUGGAAGCUCUGUCGUACGGCCAAAAUCUAUUUCCGGAAUUCAGCAGCAUGCCUUUGACAUCGACUCCUUCGAUUCUGCCGUCAAACUGGAAUCCCAUCUGCAGAACCUUACCUCGCUUCCCUCAAGUCCGGCGCGGAACACAGUUGUCGUGUGCGGCGCAGGAUUUACUGGAAUCGAGCUUGCCACUGAGCUUCCAAAGCGUCUGCCCAAAGACCUCAAUGCCCGAAUCGUGAUGGUCGAGAGCGCCGAUCAGCUUGGUCCGGAGCUUGGUCCGGGCCCGCGUCCCAUCAUCACCCAAGCUUUGAAUGAACUCGGCAUAGAGUUCAAGCUGGGAUCUCCGGUCACCGCUAUCGAUGCUGAUGGUGUUACCCUUGCGUCCGGUGAGCGCAUCGAGACCAAGACGGCUAUCUGGACUGCCGGACAGAUCCCCGCUCCCAGGGAUGGACUCUCUCGCCUCCAUGUUGGCCAAAACCUCCGUGUUUCAUCUGUGGGCAACAUAUUUGCCACUGGUGACGCUGCUUAUGCGACUGCCGACACGAAUGGCCACUUUGCCCUGAUGUCCUGCCAGCAUGCUCUGCCGAUGGGUCGUGUGUCGGGCCACAACGCUGCGGCGGAUCUUCUUGGCGAGUCUCUGAUGCCGUACGAACAGACAUCCUACAACUGCUGCUUGGACCUCGGCGCUUGGGGUACGGUUAUCUCUGAGGGAUGGAUUCGAGAGGUCAAGCUGACGGGGGAUCUGGCCAAACGAGUGAAGUGCUUUAUCAACCAGAGGUUGAUUUAUCCCCCGACUGAUGUCGCGGAAGCCUUCACGAUGGCUAAUCCGACUGGCCCCGACUCGGAUCAGCUGUUUGAACAAAUCCUCCAGGCUGUUGCAUAG